UUUGUUUACGGGUUAAAAGGGCAUCGGGUAAUCUGCACCCGGUAGAAACAUUCACGAAAUGCAGCGCGACUAGAGAGUCCGGGCCGACGCAUGCUCGAACGCGUUUUAAACGUCAAAACUGUGCGAAAUUGUCCACGGUUCGUGAAUCGAGAGAUACACUCCGAGGAGUCCGAGUAAUGUCCUUGCUGCACGCUUCGCAGGAUUACCAGAGUGCUAUGGCCAAACCGUGUUACAAACUUAGGACCUCGCUCCUAGGACAUUCGUCCGACGUGAGAGCUAUCGCGACGUUCGCCGACGGAACGAUAGUUUCUACCUCCCGUGACAAAACUGCUCGUGUCUGGAAACCAUCCGGAAUUGAGAAGGAUUAUGAGACCACAGCAACAUUGAAAGGACACUCUAACUUCGUUACUUCUGUAUGCAUUAUAAACCCCUCUGAACAGAACCCUUCAGGUUUAAUUAUCACCGGUAGCCAUGACAAGACUAUAUGUGUUUAUAUCUUGGACCAAACAGAACCUGUAAAUGUAAUCAAGAGCCACCAGGACACUGUGUGUAAAUUGAGAACAGGUAUAAUGGAAGGAACUUUCUUGUCAAGCUCCUGGGACAUGAGUGCUAAGUUGUGGAACUUGAGUGAUUUGAGUAAACCACAGUUGGACUUGCUGGAACACACAGCUGCAGUAUGGUGUGUAGCAGAUAUGGCCAGUGGAUUCAUAAUAACUGGAGGAGCUGAUAAGCUCGUUAUCGUUUGGACGUGCGAUGGCUCUGUAAAACACAAACUGACCGGGCAUACAGACUGUGUCCGGGAUAUAUCUACAAUAAGCAGUAAUGAGUUUUUAACUUGUGGCAAUGAUGCUAGCAUACGUCAUUGGGAUGCUUUGGCUGGGACUUGUCUAGGAACCUAUUACGGCCACGAGAACUAUAUCUAUAGCAUUUUAGCGUUAGAAAACGGUACAAGUAUAUUUACCUGUGGAGAGGAUCGGACGCUUAGGAUAUGGAACGCCACGGAACUAGAUAUAAGUCAAACUAUUACCUUGCCCACGCAGUCCGUGUGGUGUUUAGCGUUACUUCCGAACGGCGACGUGGUUACCGGAAGUUCAGACGCCGUCAUAAGGAUAUUCACUUGUGAUCCUGAGCGGUAUGCGGAACCAGAAGCGAUACAGGAAUUCGAGCAGAUGGCAGAGAAUCUUAAGCUCAAUGCUCAACUAGAGCUAGGUGGGAUCAAAAUUAACGAUUUACCAGAUGAGAAGGUGUUGCUCGAGCCUGGGCAGAAAGAUGGGCAAACUAAAAUCGUGAACGACAAGGGUUCCGUCAUGGCUUACAGUUGGUCACAGGACAAACAGAAGUGGAUUAAGAUUGGAAACGUGAUGGGUGCGUCGGGUGGUAGCGGAGCUACGUCUGGGAAACAACUGUACAACGGGAAAGAAUACGACUACGUGUUCUCUGUGGACAUUCAGGACGGUGUUCCUCCUUUGAAAUUGCCGUACAACAAAGACGACGAUCCUUGGCACGUCGCGCAGAAAUUUCUUCACGAUAACGGUCUUAGCCAAUUGUUCCUAGAGCAGGUUGCGAAUUUUAUAGUAAAAAAUUCACAAUCCACAUCAGUUAUGAAAACUGAUGCUCAAUAUGCUGAUCCUUUCACAGGAGGCAAUAGAUACAUUCCUCAAUCGACAGGAAAUGCAUCUACGCAAGACCCCGUUAGGCCAGUUUCAUCGAACUCCUCAAACAGCUCUACGUCUUCUUACAUCCCACACACAAAAUACUUGAAACUGGAACAGGCAAAUCUUGUUCAGAUUUUAGAAAAGUUAAAAGAGUUCAAUGGGAAACAGAGCGAUUCGCUCAGAGUUUCAGAAGACAAAUUGGAGUCGUUGGUGAAACUUGCGGACCAAACUCCUAAGCAGUUGACCACCGACACUCUGUCGAUCUUGAGGAUGCUUCUGAACUGGCCAUCGGAAGUGCUGUUUCCGGUUCUCGAUAUAACCAGGCUCGCGGUCCUUUCCAAAGACGUGAACGAUGUAUUAUGCACGGACGAACUCCUGCAGAUCGUGAAGAAGCAUUUGAAGCCGAAUGCGCUUCCCUCCAACCAGAUGCUCACGUUUCGUCUAUUAGCAAACAUGUUUAGUCACGAAAGGGGAGAGAAACUGUGUAUCAAUUGCAAGGACGAGAUACUGACGCUUUUAUCAGAACUGAAAUCCCUCACAAAUAAAAAUAAUCAGGUCGCAGUUUCGACGUACAUACUAAAUUUGACUGUAGCUUUGAAUAAGUACGAUGACACCCGUGGUAAAACACAAUGCCUGAACGCGAUGUUCUCGGUGUUACCGCUCCUGAACGAGCCAGAGGCAAUGUUCAGAACUCUCGUGGCGUUAGGAACGCUUUUGAGCACUACACCGAACUCAGACGAUCAGAAUGGCUUAAUCACGGCAGUACGACAAUCGGAAGUUGCUUUAGACAUACUCCACACUAUGUCGGAGACCACGGUUCCCACUAACAAGCUUGCGAAUUGUUCGAGAGAGAUAAUCCGUUUAAUUAUUUAAAUGUAACAUCACGUAAAUGAAAAAAGAAAAAACAUUUGGAGAACGAAGAAUCGCAUUGAACACCGAAUAACCGAGUCUUGUAAUUACACGUAUUUUGUCGGCGUUGCGUUAAAUAGGUUUCUUAUAUUUUUUGCAAUCUGAUGGUUGAAAUAUUAUAAUUAUCCCAUUGCUAAUAAAAGUACAUUUUGCCAUA